GCUGAACGCGACCAUUGGCAAUUGGCAGUGAAUAUCGGAACGCAGCCAUAGUAAACGUCAAAUGCGAGUGGUUGUCAUUUAAAUGAAAAAGUAAAUACGUAAAAAAGUUAAAAUACCAUAAUUGCAUUAAUAUUGUCUGGAAAGGAAUAGUUGUCAGUUAUUAUCGAAUAAAAAUGUAUUAGAUUACGAGUGAUAAUCUGGAAAGAGACAGUAUUUACAUCACUGUUGGAACUUAUAUGAAAAUAGCUCUAAUGUGUGUGUCUACAUAAUAUUUUGAACAAUUUAUUAAUUACAAAAAUUAAUUAAACAGCGAUCUGUGUAAUAUAUUAAUUUACUGCAUAUAAUUAGUAAAUUAAUAUUAUAUAUAGCGAUCAUAUAAUAAGUCGCUAAAACAUAACCUUCUUUUUGUUACAUUAAAUAGUGUACACUAUGGCAAGUGUACCUGGUUUUACAUCAGAAACUGCAAAAGCUAUAUUGACAGAUAUCCUGACAGCACUGAAUACACCAGAAAACUUGCAAAAGUUUACAGAGGCAAAGGAAAAUUCCGGCAAUGAAAUGUUGAAAAUGAUGCAGUUUGUAUUUCCAUUAGUGACACAGAUUCAAAUGGAUGUUAUAAAAAAUUAUGGUUUUCCAGAGGGUAGAGAAGGAACUGUACAAUUUGCACAGCUCAUUAGAGCUUUAGAGAGAGAAGAUACCGAAGUAGCACAAUUACAUAGUCAAGUCCGUUCGUAUUUUCUUCCACCAGUUACAACAAAUUCUUCGACUGAAGCAUCUCUUUAGAAAAACAGUUGAGUCAUAUCUAUACAUAUAUAAAUUAUUAUGAUAGAAAACCAUUGUAUACAUAUAUUAUUUUUAUUUCAAAACUGCUUCAACAGCAUAAAUAAGGAUAACUUAUACAAGUUGAAAAAAUUAUCACAUGCAUUCUAUGAAAACAAAUAAUGGAUUUUAUAUUAUGUUUCAUUUCAUUUGUUAUAUAUAUUUUUUAAUAUUUUGACAAAUUAAUUAUAUAUAUAUAUAUAUAAAAAAUUCUCUGAUCAUCACUUAAUGUUAAGCUUAUGUGUAGUAUUCUAGUGAGGGUAUUUGUGUAAAGAUAAAUAACAUUUUUUUUAUGAAAGGAGUAAUAAGAAUAUUGUAAUUCUAUCCCCAUUUCAUUACAGAAUACUUUUGAAUACUUUUGCUUAAAUAUAUAGAGAUUCCAACUAAUAUAAAUAUAAAUUUAGUAAGUUUGUAUAUACACAUUUUCUCCUGUGAAAAAAAAAGUCCCAAGAAAUUUUAAAUAUUUAAUUUAGAGAAGAGAGAAAACUUAAAAAUUUUUAUAUUUAUUUGUAUAAUAUUAAUAAGUAUAUCAUAUAAUCUACUAAAAUAUAUAAUAUUUUUUUAUUUAUAUAAAUGUUCUUUGAAUUUUUCUGCUAUUACAUCUUAACUCUAAAAACUAACCAAAUAUUCCACUGUUCGCACAGAGCUGAAGUUGUGUAUACAUCAUGAUUUAUAUAUUUAUACAAAUAAGUAAAAAAUAUAAUUAUAUAAUUAUAUAAACAAAAUCGAAAAAUAAAGAAUGCUGUGAUACAUUUUCAACAGGCA